AUGGAUUCUCAUGUGGUUGGUAUGUCUGAGCCUUUGAGAAGGUACAAAUCUUACCACAGUGACGUUUAUAGUACUUCAAGUGAAAGUCCAUCUGUUAUUUCUUCGGAACCAGAUUUCAGGCAAGUGAGAAGAAAAGAAGGUUUCAAGAGAGAUGAUGCCAGUGGUGCUUUGCCGGGUGCUGAUGAUAUCUCCACAUCAAGUCAAGCUAAUUCUCAGAGGGCAAGGCAACAUGAAGCACCAUUUGAAGGCAAUCUAAUAAGUCAAGAAGUGAUGGUAAAGCAUCAGGAAGAAGAAAUGAUGCAACUGCAAGCUAGAAUGGCUCUCAGGCAGUCCCGACCUAACCUCUACUCAGGAGAUGCAAUUAGGUCCUCAAUGCUUGACAUCACCAGAGAUCCACUGAGAGAAAUAGCCCUGGAAACAGCUAUGACACAAAGAAAACUGAGGUGCAAUGUGAAUGUGUCCUACCAGCAUCAAAGGUUAUUAAAUGAACAAGUUGGGAAGAAUUUCUUUGGCCCUGAAUUUGUGAAAAUGACGAUUGAGCCAUUCAUCUCCUUGGAUCUACCGAAGUCUAUCUUGACUAAGAAAGGCAAGAAUGAUGAUACCAGGCGAAAAGUAAAUGUGAUGCUUCUAAGUGGGCAGAAGCUGGAGCUGACCUGUGAUACCAAAACAAUAUGUAAAGAUGUCUUUGAUAUGGUUGUUGCCCAUAUUGGCUUGGUGGAGCAUCACUUGUUUGGAUUGGCUACUUUAAGAGACAAUGAAUUUUUCUUCGUUGAUCCUGACAUAAAGCUAAAUAAAGUAGCUCCAGAAGGAUGGAAGGAAGAACCAAAGAAAAAGAACAAGCCCCCGGUCAACUUCACUCUGUUUUUUCGCGUAAAGUUUUUUGUGGAUGAUGUCAGUCUUAUACAGCAUACGCUGACUUGUCACCAGUAUUAUCUACAGUUGCGGAAGGACAUCCUGGAAGACAGGAUGCACUGUGAUGAUGAGACAGCCUUAUUAUUAGCAUCCCUAGCUCUCCAAGCUGAGUAUGGAGAUUACCAGGCAGAGGUGCAUGGCAUGUCAUAUUUCAGACUAGAACACUAUGUCCCGGCUAGAGUAAUGGAGAAACUAGAUCUGUCCUACAUCAAGGAAGAGCUGCCAAAAUUGCACAGCACUUACGUGGGUGCAUCUGAAAAAGAGACAGAGUUAGAAUUUUUGAAGUUGUGUCAGAGGCUCACAGAAUAUGGGGUUCAUCUUCAUCAUGUGUUGCCUGAGAAGAAAUCCCAAACAGGUAUCCUUCUGGGAGUGUGCUCCAAAGGAGUUGUUAUUUUUGAAGUUCAUAAUGGUGCCCGCACACCUGUACUACGCUUCCCAUGGAGAGAGACAAAGAAAAUAUCCUUUAGU